UCUAGAUUAUGAAAUAUCAUUAGAAGUGCAGUUAAAGAGUGUCUUGGGCAUUGAUUGACAUAUAUCUAACGAUGAGCCUUACGGGCACUAAGAAGUGUGCUAAUUGAGUGGUGUCACUCAUGAAUUCGAGCAAAUCAUGCAUUCUAACGCAGUCAGUUGCGACCAAACGCGCGCAUGAUGCGAACUCAUCAACUGAUCGCAUUGUGGCAUUAGAAUUUGUGUGUGACACUGCUGUACUGGCCCUAUUCUUAUUGCCCGUAAGGCCCAUCCUUAGAUAUAUGUCAAUGGUCUUGGGCAAAGGAAGAGUGGAGUUAAAUCAGAUAUAGUCCGGAUCUCAAGUUGGUUCAACAGAGCACGACGUUGAGGAUUCAAUCAUGGGGAAAGAGAGUAAACUAGAUGCCGAGAAGGCUCUAAACGGCUCCAACGUCGACGACGAAGCCCGAAAAAAGAAGAAAAGCAAAAAACACAAAAAGCACAAACGGAGCGAAGAAGAUGAAGACAAAGCUUACAAAAAGAAGAAAAAAUCCAAGAAGGAAAAACAUAAAAGUCCCAAACCGGAGAGUGAGACUUCUCUAUCUGAUGUGGAAGAACUGAUAAAGAAGAGUAGAGACCGGAAACCUCCACCGAAAGAACCUUCAGUAGUUAAAGAGAAGAAUGGGGACACUAAAGAAAGAGACGAAGCAUUAGAAAUCAUAUCGUCAAAUUCAGAGACAGAAAACUACCAAGAAGACUGCGCCAGCCCUGAGCUAAAUAUGAUCGAAGAUGAUCUAAAUUUAGAAGAACUUAUGAAGCAAAAAGAACUUCUACAAGCGUUUCUUGUCGCUUACUAUUCUGACAAAAGUGAUGAAAGUGAUAGUGAGAAAAAAAAAGAUGAUGUCAUAUGUAUCAACGAUGAUAAGUCACCGGUUGCGAAAAAGUCAAAAACUGAUGAGAGAAGAAAGAAAACUAGCAAAGACAGAUCCGCGGAAAGGGAAAAGGAACGACAUAGAUCAAGAAGGCACGAGGAAGAUUUACGAGAGAUCUUAAACAGAGAAAAUAGGAAAGAGAUGGAAAAACGAUUAGAACACAGGGAAAGGAAAGAGCGCGAACGACGGAAGCUUUACGAAGCUGAACGGGAGCGGGAGCGGGUGCGCGAGCGCGAGCGAGAACGCGAGAGAGAAAAGAAGAGAGAGCGCGAACGUGAACGAGAAAGGGAGAGACGUGAUAAAGUGGUAAAGAGGGAUAGAGAGAGUGAAGUCAGGCGUCGAAGGUCUAGAGAGAGGACGCCGCCGAGACGGGUGAGACGGCCGUCGGACAGAGAUAGAAGGUCUAGAGAGAGAUAUAGAGAUCGCUCGAGGGAUAAGAGGGGCGGAAGCAGAGAUAGACGCAAGAACUCCGGCAGCGAGGUGGCCCACCUAGUAGCCAGUUCAUCAGACGAGCUGGACAUCUCCAUAAACACUGAUGAUGAGGAGGAAACCGAGGAGCAGAUCAUCGAGCGACGCCGCAAGCAGAGGGAGCAGCUGCUCAAGAGGCUAGGCGGCGACAAAGACGAAAAAGAAAAACAACCCGAGCCCCACACAACGCCGCCCACUAUACCCGACCCCAAACCCGACCCCAAACCCGGCACGCCGGAGCCCAAACCCGAGCCGAAAGAGAAGGAUGACAAACCUAACGAAGAGAAAGAAGAAGACAGAAGUCACAAGACGGAGAAGAGAACGGGCUCGGAGUGGGAUAUGUUCGCAGAUCAGGAUAACUUCGAUGUGGAUAGCCCUACUGUAGGCAGACCUCGAGGCAAGAAUACCCUAGAGAAUCCGUCUCUGACAGACAAUUGGGAUGAUGCAGAAGGCUACUACAGAGUCCGCAUCGGCGAGUCACUGGACAACCGUUACACGGUAUACGGGUACACCGGCCAAGGUGUAUUUAGUAACGUCAUAAGAGCGCGUGACCAGGCGCGGGGCGGCUCGGAUGUCGCCGUCAAGAUUAUACGCAACAACGAGAUUAUGCACAAGACCGGUCUCCGCGAGCUGGAGAUCCUCAAGCGGCUGAACGACGCAGACGCAGACGACAAGUUCCACUGCCUCCGGUUGUUCCGCCACUUCUUCCACAAGCGCCAUCUGUGCAUGGUAAUGGAACCACUCUCCAUGAACCUGCGGGAAGUGUUGAAAAAGUAUGGCAAAAAUAGCGGAAUCCACAUCAAAGCAGUUAGGAGUUACACGCAGCAGAUACUGCUAGCACUCAAACUGCUCAAGAAGACCGGCAUAUUGCACGCUGACAUUAAACCCGACAACAUCCUAGUCAACGAAAGCAAACUCCUCCUGAAACUCUGCGAUUUCGGUUCAGCCGCCAUGGUCACCGAGAAUGACUUCACCCCCUACCUGGUCUCCAGAUUCUACCGAGCCCCAGAAAUCAUCCUCGGCGUACCCUACGACUUCGGUAUCGACAUGUGGUCCACGGCCUGCACCAUAUAUGAGCUGUCUACCGGGCGGAUCAUGUUCAGCGGGAAAUCUAACAAUGAAAUGUUGAAGUAUUUCAUGGAUUUGAAGGGGAAAAUACCCAAUAAGAUUAUUAAGAAGGGCAUAUUUAAGGACCAACAUUUUGAUGCGCAGUGCAAUUUCCUUUAUCACGAGUUGGAUCGGGUCACUGAGAGGGAAAAAGUAGUGGUAAUGACCAGUAUAAAACCAACGCGCGAUCUCCAAUCAGAGCUCGCGCCCUCCCACCACCGUCUCCCAGCCAACGAGGCGAAGAAGAUCACGCAGCUCAAGGAUCUACUGGAGCGCAUGCUCAUGCUGGACCCGGCCAAGCGCGCCUCCGUCAACCACUGUCUCGCGCACCCAUUCAUACAGGAGAAGAUAUAGCAUGAGAACUGUAUAUAACAGUAAUGAUACUGUCUAAAUCAUACUUUGGGAGGGGGGGGGGGGGGGGAGUGAGAAUAUUUUUGUAAAAAAAUUACAGUUAAUGAUAAGCCCAAAAAAUGGAAAUACUUGAUGAAGUACAUUACGUUGACCGUACUAUUAGUGAAAUCACACUAAACUGAUAAAAUCGCUAUAAAUACCCCACUUCAUUUACCAUAUUUAGUUAAAAUCACACUAAAUUAACUAUGUUUAGUGAAAAUCAUACUUAAUUUACCUCCUUUUUAGUGAUAUUCAUAGAAAAUUUACGUGAUUACACAAAUAUCCAAAUCAGUUAUCCAAAUCACAAUUAAUCGGUAAAAUAAACUACUCACUCUACUACUAGUACAAAGAUCACGUAGCUUAAGGAUCUACUGGAAGGCAUGCUCAUGCUUGACUCGGCCAAGCGCGCCUUCGUCAGGAUAUAGCAUAUAGCGGUUGAUUUACUAAUGAGAUCGUGAUUUCAAUGGUUACUUAGUUGAACGGUGAGCGUAUUAAAAAAAACAAAUGAUUAUGUAAUAAUAAAACUAAAUUUGUCGUAUUUUACUAUGAUUCAACUACAUUGGUCGUAUUAUCCGUGAAAUCACAUUAAGUUGAUUAAAUCAUACUAGAAUGACUAAAGAUGUUCCAAAACUGCCCAGGGCACUACAAAAAACACACUGAAUUCACCAUAUUUAGUGAAAAUCACACUAAAUUGACCAUAUUUAGUGAAAUUAACACUAACAUUACGAAAUGACAAAAAAUAUCCAAGUUCAAGGAGAAUAUAUAGCACGGGACUGUAUGAAUAUUGUCUCUAGCGUGUUUUUCUAGUUUUUUUUUAAACUAUAAAUUUAUUUCAUACAAUUUUUGUCGGGUAGUUACACAAAUCUCUAUCAUAGCUGUGUUUGGAUUUGUUAGAAAAGUCUUGUAAUGAAGUUUGACCACGAUUAGGUGUCAAGGUCUGAUGAAGAAGCCAGAAGAUAGGCACUGGCAUUCCAUGAUGGAAUAUCUUAUCAUUGUCGUGUUUGCACUUGUGAGAAAGGUCACGUAAUGGACUUUGAACACGAUCAGGUUUCAAGGUUAUAACAAACCACCAUGCAACCUACACCAUAAAAAAGCGUGUUUUUCUAGUGUUUUUUAAACUAUAUAUUUAUUUCAUACAAUUUUUGUCGGGUAGUUACACAAAUCUGUGUUUUGAUCCUGAUGGGAC